AUGGAACCAAACAACUACCAAAGUCAUACUUGCAAUGUAUCGAAGGCGUAUGCAUAUGAUCUACGCAGAAGUUACGAACUAUGGAACGCGGAAAAGACGUUUCCAACCAUGUGCCCUCUUCCGAGUUAUUACAGCCUGGUCCCAAACAUGCUGAACUCGCGGAGCGUGCCGCUCUCCUGGGAUCUCCCUCUGAUAAGAUAUAAGCCGCAACCUCGUUACGAAAAACCACCGUACUCUUACAUCGCCCUGAUAGCAAUGGCUAUUAAUUCUUCGCCUAAACAGAGGCUCACUCUUUCGGGUAUCUACCGAUUUAUCAUGAACAGGUUUCCCUACUAUAGGGAAAACCGUCAAGGGUGGCAGAACAGUAUUAGACAUAAUUUGAGUCUCAAUGAUUGCUUUGUGAAGAUACCGAGAGAUAAGGUAAUCGUUAAUGAUAAUGACGAGGAUCAAGCUGGAAAAGGUAGCUAUUGGACUCUGGAUCCCUCUGCCAGUGAGAUGUUUGAGCAUGGUAAUUACCGAAGAAGAAGAAUGAGAAGGCAACGCGGUCUGGACAAACAGGACAAAGAUGAACAGGAUCAUACGGUGGUCUCGGUUUCUUCAGAAUUGCUGAACAAUUUGAAACAUAAGGAGAAAGAUGAACACAGAAACGAAGUAGCCGAAACAAGAGAUUCUGAGGAAAAUGCACGGAACGGGAAAAUGAAAUACACAGCUCAGGGUCGUUGUGUGAAAUCCAUGAUGUUCACGAUCGAGAAUAUUCUGCGAAAAUCGACGAAUGAGUCUUCCAUUUAAAUAUUUGGAGUGUAUGUAUUUUAG